GCAGGCCCCAUUCCCGAGACAAGACUGCAUACCAAAAAAGCUGCCGGGGCUGAAAACAGUAUCCGUAAAUCGGCCAACGAGAAGAUUCAGUAUUAGCUUCGAACUCAAUUCCUGAGCGGCUAGCUUACAGCUGCUCCGUGGUGGAAGGUGCUCGUGGCGCACUUCUCUUUUUGUUGGGAUUAUAACACUGAGCAGACCUACAAAAAGAGAAGUCAGUUGUCCUGCUCUUUGGGAUUAGGAGCCGUAGCCAUCUACUCAGCACUGGGGCAGUCACUUCUACGUUUUAAAGAUGGCAGACACUGAACAAGUUUCCUCAACAACCCCCAACGAAGAACUAAAAGUUCAGACGAGUGAGAUAAUGGGGGACGUGAAAGAACCCGGCAACGAGGCAGAGGCAAAAGUUGUCGCGAAUGAAGUUUCAGACAUUGGUGGGGAAGCGCAUGGUGAUACUGAGAAGCCUAAAGAUACUCCACCUCGGCCACAGGAACCACCGAUAGAGACUACGGAAUUCUCCUCUCCCCCUUCAGCACCCGAAGAGCCUCCACAAACAGCGCCGAAGGCGCCGGCGCCAGAGUCAGUGACGAGCACUUCAGAGGAUGCCACGGAGCAACUGACAAAGGAGGCGGUGACUGUAGAAGCAGCCCCAACUGCACCAGCACAUACGGAGGAUAUUGCUGCCGAAAAACCACUUGAAGAUAUUGUUGAACCCGUCCCUAAAGUAGAGGAAAAACCUACGCCAGAGGUUGUAGUCCCAGAGGCUGUUGCUGAACCUAUCAUUGUAUCAGAGCCUUCUAAAGUGGAAACGCCUGCACCGGUGCCAGUACCAGAAGAGGCAGUGCUUGUCGAUGAACCAGUUGUAGUAUCCGCACCCUCUGAAGUGUCUGCACCAGAGCCAGUCGUGGUCGAAGAACCUGUCAUUGAACCUAAAGUGGAAGCUCCGGUCGAAGAACCUAUUGUUGUGCAGGAACCACCUAAGGUAGCAGCUCCAGUCGAAGAACCCAUUGUUGUAGAACCCCCUAAAGUGGCAGCACCAGUGGAAGAGGCGUUACCUGCACCCACAGUAGCACCAUCCUAUGAACCUGCUCCUCCCACCUCUGCUCCACCUCACCCUCUGAUGCAAUUCUCUGGAGAGCACUGGAGUUCUCCAUUACUAGCUUCACAGGAUAGUACCAAGAGUUCAAUGGAUUCAGACACCAAGGAUAUGACAUCUGGACGCUCCGGGUACGAGCAUGACCUGCUGGGAGGAUCGGAUGAUGACCUUCAGUAUGAAAUGCAGAAAAACCCAUUCCAAGGCAUUAGCCUGGCAGAUAGUAUGAGCGCUGGGCUCUCUCAUUUUGAAGAUGACCCAGUUGGAGGUAGAGCAGCCCAAAUGUCUGAGAGUCCUACACCUGAUUUAGUUCAGUAUGCGCAUGACGGAGAAAUGCAAGAUAGCUCUCCAUUUCAGAAUCCAGGGAAAACCUAUGAUUCGUUUCCAGUGGCACCUGAGCCCACAAUGCAACCUUUCAGUUCCUCGCUACAGUUUUCACCAGUCACUGCAGAGGAUGAAGAGCCUGACUUACCACCUGUUCUCCCAGACAUUUUGAAGUCCUCACCGCUUAACCCAGAAAAGAUUGACUCCGGCUCCUCUGAAGGAAGUCCAGACACUAGCCCGGUUCACAGACGAGGGACUGAAUCACCAAACAUCCCCAUCUCUCUGUCUGCCAACAAUCCUUUUGCUUUUGACUCCAAGAUCUUGCUCUUGAAGGAAAUGGCUGACGAAACCGAAGCCAAACUAGCUGCAACUGUUAAUAUGGAGGAUGAAGAAAUGGUCACUGAGCAGAGCUUUGGUGCCUUUGACCUCGUCAAGGAGGCCAAGGACUCCCAUAAUGUCGAACCCCCACAGUAUGAGCAUAAAGAUUGGAACCCAUCUAGCCAGGACACUUCUAAGGUGGCAGACAAGUUUGAGCGUCUAAACUUUCCAAGUGCGAAAGCUCAGGAAGAUUCAGACUCUGAAAGUCCCUCAGCUGAUUCUCUGUCCCCAGUUUUGGAGGCGAUGGCAAAAAACCCAGCAAGCUUCCAGGUAGAGAGCGACGAGGUGAUGCCCGAGGAUGAGGAGGUAGUUGAGGAAGCAGAGGCAGCAGAAGAAGCAGAAGAAGUGUCUGAGCAGGAGGUCUCCUCUGAAGAGUUUGAGUUUGUUGAGAGGCCACCCCGAGGUGCAAUUGAUGAGUUUUUGGAGACGCUGGAUUCCACAAAGUUCUCAAAGACCUCAGAGUUCACCGUGGAUGAAGAACCUGCCUCACAUUUUGAGCAAGAAGAUCUUAUGACUGGGGUAUCCUCUACCUCCCAGGAAAUGUCAGCCGUUCAAAGCUCCUACCUUCUUCUCACUGACAAGUCUUCUCCUCAGAGGAGCAAGGCUGGCCUUGAACUAUCUGAUGUCCAGGAGUCCCUUUUUCAAGCCCCUCCCUCUCAGUCUUACACAGGCACAGCACCGAAGACUGCUGAGAGGACCAGUGUGAAGAUGCCAAACCUGAGCGCUUCAGCAGUGGUAGACCUCCUGUACUGGCGCGAUGUCAAGACUACCGGCGCGGUGUUUGGGGCAAACCUACUGCUUCUGUUCUCCCUGACCAUGUGCAGCAUCAUCAGCGUGCUCUCCUACGUGGCUCUUGCCCUCCUCUCUGUCACCAUCACCUUCAGGAUAUACAAGGGCAUUCUCCAGGCCAUCCAGAAAUCUGACGAGGGUCACCCAUUCAAACUGUACCUGGAUAAAGACGUGGCAUUGUCUGAUGAGGCGGUUCAGAAGUACAGCGACCUGGCACUGGGCCGCAUGAACUCCGGCCUCAUUGAACUGCGACGACUCUUCCUGGUUGAAGAUCUGGUGGAUUCCCUUAAGUUUGCUGUGUUCAUGUGGAUCCUGACCUACAUUGGUGCCUUGUUCAAUGGACUUACCCUGCUCAUCCUCGGUCUGGUUUCAGCAUUCGGUUGUCCACUUGUCUAUGAAAAGCACCAGACACAAAUUGAUCAUUACUUGGCCCUGGUUAACAACCAGAUUAAAGACAUUGUUGCGAAGGUCCAGGCGAAAGUGCCUGGUCUGAAGAAGAAGGCGGAGUGAAGUUCGGAGAGCUGACGUCAGCUGCUCUGAGAUUGUGUGGGGGUCUGUUGGAGUGCAAGGGGGAUCUGAAGCCCUCCUCAUCACUGUUCUCUCAAGUGUUUUCCACUGCAAAGAAAUUCCUAAUGCCCUGUGGAAAAUAAAAGCCAGGAUUCACUUGUUUGUUUUUAUCACUAGCUCAUCAGUGUAGCCAUUUGUAUAUGAAAUGACAUUAAAUUCCUUAUUUAUCAGAAGAAGAAAAAAAAUGAUAAAAUAAACAAUACACUGGUCUGAUGAAAUCGAGGAAGUCUUUGCUCAUUGAAAAGGGUUAUAUUUCACUUUAAACUGUCCUGGUCAUGUGUGUGAGCUGGUUCAUUUCUCUCUCUUUUUGUAGUGUCUUUCACCAUUUAGAAAAGUAUUACUUUUUUUUUUUUCAUCUUUUUUAAAGAGGAAGUGUUGAAGCGGUACCAUGAUGGCAAAAACUGAGCAUCUGUCCAUAUAUUACUUUUUGGUAUGGUUUAGUGAUAUUGUGAAUUUACUGUUUUAUUGAUUGACUGUAUAGUGGUCUGACUAGGCCAGACAUGCAUUAUAGUAUAUGUCUGGAGACGACUGUUAUGCAAAAGAUAUAGCUAAAAUUGGAGUGGAAAUGAUUAAAUGACAAACCGGGUUUGAAACGUGUCCAACCUACCCAAUGCUUUGUGAUGGCUGAGCUCAAAGUGGAAACAGUGAUUCCAACUCCUUUUUGUGCGAUAUGCUGUGAUGCACUUGUCAAGUUAAUAGAGGGUUCAGGCAUCAGAGGGCAGGCCUGUGAGCUGUGGCAUUGUCUGGGACUUAGUCCACUGCUAAUACUUAAGCAUGUUGUCUCCAGUCGUAUACUUUCGUCCUAAAGUGACAAGUCACGUCUGACCCUGCAAGACUAACUGUAGAGGUUCACAAAGCUUCUAGGUCUUGACCGUGGCUCUUGUCUUUCUAGCCACACCAAGCUGCUCCAUACCACUUCAUGCUUGAGUAUCUCUAGAAACCUUUUAGACCUUUUGCGAGAAAAAGUGCAUCGACUAAGCCAUCGUUUCACCUCAUCGCAGCUACCUAGUUAAACUCAGAAGGAACACGUUUACAGACAUUGAACUUUAAUUUACAAUAACUAUAUAUGCUGUCUAUCUGUGGACCCAAUAUCUAAAGCUGCAGAAUAAUGUAACUUGGAAACUUCAAGCAUUGUUUGUUAUGCAAGUAACGUUAUUAAUUGUGAAUGAUUCUUCAUACAGUUGUUAUGAACUCUAAUUGAGAUUUGUCUGUGGAAUGCAUUGUGAAAUGUAAACAAGUAUCAAUAAAGCUUCUAGAAGAAUGUU